GAAGUCCACGAUCUGCUGAGCGACUACGAGCUGAAAUACUGCUUUGUGGACAAAUACAAAGGGACUGCGUUUGUCACUUUGCUCAACGGGGAACAGGCGGAAUCGGCCAUCAAAAAACUCCACCUGAGCAAACUGCGGGAGAAGGAGAUCUCGGUGCAGCUGCAGCCCACGGACGCUCUCCUGUGUAUCGCCAACCUCCCCCAGCUCUACACCCAGCAACAAUUCGAGGAGCUGGUCCGACCUUUCGGCAACCUGGAACGGUGUUUCUUGGUGUACAGCGAGAAAACGGGACACUCGAAAGGUUACGGCUUUGUGGAAUAUAUGAAAAAGGAUUCGGCGGCCAGAGCUAAGUCAGAUCUGUUGGGGAAGCAGUUGGGGACGCGGACUCUCUACGUCCACUGGACGGAUGUCAACCAGUUGACGUUAGACCUUCUCCAUUCCAAGUGCUUGUGCGUCGACAAACUGCCCCACAACUACGCCGACCUGGAGGAGCUGCGGCAAGUCUUCUCCGCUGCCUGCGCCCCAACUUUUUGCCAGCUCGCCUACGGGCAGGACGGGCAGCUGAAAGGCUUCGCCGUCCUGGAGUACGAAUCGGGGACGGUGCUCGCCGGGAAUCACAUCCGAGUCUCCUUCUGCGCUCCCGGUCCUCCCGGUCGCAGCAUGUUGGCUGCCCUGAUAGCCGCGCAGGCGACGGCGCUGAAUCGUGGGAAAGGGCUUCUCCCCGAGCCGAAUAUCCUCCAAAUUCUCAACAGCCUGGGAAAUCCCGCUUCCCUCCAGCUGCUCCUCAACCCCCUCCUCCACGGGGCCGUCGGAGGCAAACAGGGAAUCCUGGGCGCCGCUCCUUCCGUGCCUCUGGUGACCAACCCGGCCCUCUCCACGGCUCUCCUCCAACUCGCCCUGCAGAACCAAACCCAAGCCCAGCAGAAACCGGGGAUCCUGGGCGACUCGCCGCUGAGCUCUCUGCCCCACGGCGCCCUGGCUUUGGCCAACGCACCGGCGCAGCCCCCCAGCCAGCUCCUGGGAGAGCUCUCCUCAGGUGGCUCCUUGCCCGCUGAGAUGGCACAGGGACACGUCAAAUCACCGAUUUUGCCUUCUGGAAACGUACCGCUGGCUUCUUUCCUGGGACCGGUGGGAGUCGAUCGGGAAAACGCGGUGUUGGGGACGCAG